AUGUUUCACCACCAUGACCGUGCCACUUGGCUGAGCUCCCAUCGCCCCGAGCCGCUGCGGCCGAUCAUAGCCCCAUCCAUCCUCGCCUUCGACUUUGCACGGCUUCUUGAUGGGUGUUUGCAUGUCCUUUCCGACGAAGGAGGUGCCUCGGAGUGGAUACAUGUGGAUGUGAUGGAUGGACACUUUGUUCCGAACAUUUCUGUUGGCAUGUGUGUGGUGGAAUCCCUGCGAAAGCAUUUACAACACGUAUUCCUGGAUGUGCAUUGCAUGAUCACGAACCCUGACCGGUGGGUAGAAGAAAUGGCAAAGGCCGGGGCCUCACAGAUGACUUUUCACUUUGAGGCGGCGGAAAACCCAAAGGCAGUUGCAAAUCAAAUCCGAGCCGCUGGGAUGCAGUGCGGAGUGGCGCUCAAGCCAAGCACACCGGCAAGUGCAGUGAAAGACCUUGUAGAAGAGAAAUUGGUGGACACGGUGCUUGUUAUGACUGUCGAACCAGGUUUUGGUGGGCAAACGUUCAUGCAAGACAUGAUGCCGAAGAUCGCGGAGCUACGGCAGGCCCAUCCCCUGUUAAAUAUUCAAGUUGAUGGGGGUGUGAGUGAAGAAACAAUUUACGCGGCUGCAGAGGCGGGAGCGAACAUCAUUGUUGCCGGAACGGCCAUCUUCAAGGCAGCGGAUAAAAAGCAGACGACCGAGACGAUGCGGAAUGCAGUGAGGAUGUGUCUUACCCCAAAAUGA